AUGAAGUUUGGAAAAACCAUCAUAUCAAAUCAAAUACCUGAAUGGUCAAGAAACUACUUGGCCUACAAAUCCCUUAAAAAGGAAAUCAAGACUGCCUCUGCUCAUUUACCAGCGCCAGAAGAAGACAUUACAGCUAUUGUGUUCCAUCUGGACAGAGAAUUAGAGAAGAUCAACACAUUCUAUGUAUACAAGCAAGCACUUAUUCAUCGUCGUCUUUGGAUCUUGCAGGAGAAAUAUGAGAAAUUCAACGAUGAGAGUGACGAGUUGGCCUUAGCCCUUAAGGAAACAAGGAAGCAGAUGGACAAACUCAUGUGGUUUGCUGAAUUGAACUUGAAGGGAUUUCGUAAAAUACUUAAAAAAUUAGAUAAAAAGUUAGGGCUGGAAACACAACAGAUCUAUUGGGAGACAAAGGCAAGUGUUGCUGUACUUCCUUUUUCUAAUCCAACUCAGCUAAGAAAGGAACUUGAUCAAGUUGCCGAAUGGAUAUCUACUUUGGCAUCUGCUGGAAAAGAAGAAAACACCAACAACAGCUCUACAUUAAGACUCGCUCGUUAUACAUCAAAGAAUGAAGAUAUUUCUAAAGCAAUUCGAGAAGACAACAAGCAAGGAUUAGAAUCUUUGUUAAAAGAAGGCACAAGGACCAAUGAAACUAUUCUAGAACUUGCCGUGGAGCAUGAAUCACUCAUGUGCCUUGAUUAUCUUGUCGAAUCUUUGGGCUUGUCAUUAUCCAAUAACAGAGAUAUCAAUGAACGCAACUUACUUCACCGUGUCUGUAUUCGUUCAACAACAUCUGCCAACAUUGCAAAGCGUCUAUUGGCGCUGGAACCAUCCUUGACACUUCAAAAGGAUUUUGCUGGACGUCGACCUCUACAUUACGCUGCUGAACAAAACAAUGCUGAUUUAGUCCGCCUUCUUUUACAGCAUGCUAUUGAUCAUCACUAUUACUCUAUGGAAGAUGGAUUUGCGGAUCAUGGUUGGCAAGACCGUGAAGGGUUUACGCCAUUGUUUUUUGGUAUCAUUCGUGGAAGUACACAUGCUGUUAAGGAAUUGAUUGAAGUUGGUCAAGUUCAAAACAUCGAUGAGUCCAUUGCCUCAGUACAGAGAUCACCUACACCAUUUGACAGCUCAGAAGACUUGACCGCAAAUGGUACUGAAGUUGUCCCUGAUUAUGCCCGUUCUCUUCAUCAUCCUUCCUCUGCUGCAUUGGCUUGUAAACUUGGUAAUUUGGAACUUUUGAAGCUGUUGAUCAGUAAGGGCGCUUCUCCUGACCUGGCUGAUGAAGAUGGUGAAACGCCAUUGUUGUUUGCUAUCCGUAGCCACUUCUUGGAGGGUAUUCAAGUCUUAAUUGCUCAAGGCCAUGUGAAUGUUGAUUUGGCUGAAAAAGUCAAUGGAUGGACACCCUUGAUGGCUGCUGCUAUUGAAGGAUUCAAGGACAUUGUGCAGACAUUAUUAAAGGCCAAUGCAAACAAAGAAAAGGUGGAUCACAAUGGCUGGACUGCUUCUGAUCACGCUGUCUUUCGAGGCUACCUAGAUAUUGGACGCUUAACGCUUCCUAAAGAUCCCAAGGCGUACUUGGAUCCUUCUGUGCGUGCUAAAUUGCCUGGUACAUCUGAUGACGAAAGUGGUGCCUCUACACCCAAUUCAACCGCAAGUAAACCUGCGAAAGCAUCUAAAUCAGUCUCUAAAGCCAGUCGUCUUUAUGGCCAUAAGUACUUGACAGACUUAUCUAUGAUUGUCAUCACGUUGGGAUCCAAUGAUAUCCGAAACGCUCUCUGUCAUAAAUUCAUUGAACUGUCUGAAAAGUUCCAAGGCGAACAACGACUUUCGCUUUCUGUCUCAGCCACGAAUGCUUCAGGUGAAUUUCCCAUCAUUGAUUUGCCUUCUGAAUUUACACAUGAUUUCUAUCCUGAACCCAUUGUGCUCCUAACUCAGAAACCAGAGGAAGUCACCUUACGGUUUGAUUUGAUCGAAACAUUUGGUUCUUCUCGGGACAGUAGCGUGUUAGCUCGAGGUACUUCUGUCUUGGCAGGUGAUUUUAUCUUUUCAAAAUCAAAGGGUUUUAAGGGGCCAACCGAAAAGGCUUCUCUCCGAGGUCAGCAGACAGUCCCAUUGGUACAAGCAAAGGAUUUGGAAUGCGUGGGUACUCUUGGAUUUGAGUUCAUUGUGAUCACGCCUUUUCAACACAAAAAUAUGCGUAUUGGUGAUCGAUACACUUACUACAAGUCUGUGGACACGCAGGUGAUUGGUCAUCGCGGUUCUGGCAUGAAUAGAAAGGGAUCCAAGCUUCAAGUAGGUGAAAAUACAGUGUUGUCUUUUGUUACGGCUGCUUCUCUUGGUGCUGAAUAUGUUGAAUUUGAUGUUCAAUUGACAAAGGAUUUGGUACCUGUGAUUUAUCAUGACUGGACCGUGACUGAGACAGGCUAUGAUAUUCCUCUCAACUCAAUCACAUUAGAACAAUUCUUAAAUUUGAGACGUUCAGGCCGAAUCAAAGAAUAUCACACAGGUGUGAGUGAAGGCCAGCAUGGUAUCUCAAUCCCGGUCUCUUCUGCUAUCACAACAGAAAAGCCAUUGCCACCUACGCCUCUUACCAAUGGCGUCGUUCAACACAAUACAGGUAGCGGUGCUCAGACACCCAAUGGCGUACGUACCAGUCGAUCUCACUCUUUCAGUGCCAGCAGUCCUAAUCGUCUUGACUUGACUGAUCCAUUUGAACAAACACGUACUUCAAAAGCAGGCAAAAUCAAAGGCAAUGGUCCCAACACAAUUCAAGGCCCGUUUACGACACUCGCAGAAACACUUCGUAGUGUGCCCAAGACAGCUGGGUUUAAUAUCGAAGUCAAAUAUCCUAUGAUUGAUGAAGCUGAGCAGGAUGAAUUGACUUCUUUCCAAGAACUGAAUAUAUAUGUGGAUACCAUUCUCGAAUGCGUCUAUGACAAUGUAGAACAAGACCGUCAUGUCAUCUUUUCUUCAUUCCAUCCCGAAAUCUGUUUGGCAUUGAAUUUGAAGCAACCUAAUUAUCCUGUCUUCUUCUUGACCGAUGCAGGUACUUUGCCUAUGGCUGAUAUUCGAUGCAAUUCACUUCAAGAGGCUGUGCGAUUUGCCAAGCAAGCGGAUUUAUUGGGUAUUGUAGCAGCAAGUGAACCUAUCCUGGAAGCCCCUCGUAUGGUACAAGUGAUCAAGGAAAUGGGUCUUUUGUUAUUUACUUAUGGUGUGCUCAAUAAUGAAGUAGAAAAUGCAGUUGCUCAAAAAUACUAUGGUGUUGAUGCAGUGAUUGUGGAUUCUGUAUUGCCUGUUCGAAAGGGAUUACGUGGAGAUUAG